GUUGAGAAGGCAAAGCUCUGCCUCGAUGAUCCUUCUCACUGGGUCUCAGGGGUGCAGCUUUUGAACUCGCUAGACAUGGAGGCGCUUUGUGAGGGCCCCCCUUGGCAGCAGCCGCAGCUGCAGCAGCAAAGCCUGCAGCUGCUGCUGCUGAAGGCCAAGCUGCUGCACCGCUUGCAUGCAGCCAAUGAGCCGCAGCAGCACCCAGGGCUAACUAGAGAAGAGCUCGCCACAGAAGCAGAGUCUGUCCUAAGGACAGUUUUGCUGCUGCAGCCGCUUUAUGCGCCUGCGUGGCUGUGCUGGGGAAAGCUGCAUGACACAUUAUUUUUGUCAGCUUUGAAGCAGCGCCACCAGCAGCAGCAGCAGCAGCAGCUGCUGCUGCAGCAGCAGCAGAAAAUGCACAAGCAGCAGGUCCUGCAGCAGCAACAAAUGCACCAAGACGUGCCCCCCAAUGCCGACGGAAGCGUAAACCCCCCACACGCCAGCAGCAGCAGCAGCAGCAGCAGCGACAGCGCUGCAGCAGAAACCUCUGUAGCAGACUGGGCAGCGCUGCAGCUGCACCUUGCAGCAGCGGUGACCGGCUACGUCAUGGAUAUACAACUCAGGCCAGUGAAGAGCUCACUGUAUAUGUCGCGUGUCUUGUGGCUGCUUUCUUACGACGGCGACACGCGGCCGCCGACACAAACAGCAGCAGCAGCAGCAGCAACAGCAGCAGCAGCAGCAGCAGCAGCAGGAGCUCCGCUAGACCCGGCAGCAGCAGUUGCAGCAGCUGCCGCUGGCGCCCCCGUCGAUGGCACAGCAGACCCAUCAGCAGCAGCAGCAGCCGCUGCUGCUGCUGCUGCUAGAAUGGUGCCGCCUGGGGCCCCAGGCGACAGCACGCACUCCCCUGAAGCAGCAGGUUCUGCUGCGGCUCCUGCAGCAGGGUCUCCAGCAGCAGCAGCAACUGCAGCAAGAGAGUCCUCACUGUGCUUCAGAGUUUUUAGACAACUUAUGGGGAAAUGCGCGCAGCCGCAGCUGCUGCUGCCGUGGCUGCCGCAGAUCUUGACUGGGCUAGACCGACCUGAAGCAGCAGAGCUGGAGCGGCUGCUGUACGCGCUGCUGCUGCAGGCGCCGCAGCAGCUUUACUUUGAUAUCCGCACGGCUUACUUAGAGAAGCGGGAGCAGUUUGCGCAGCAGCAGCUGCUGCAGACACUUAAGCCCCAGCAGCAGCAGCAGCAGCAGCAGCAGCAAUCCCUCACGCUCCUCUCAUGGCUAAUGACGGUUUUCCGCGCGUCCUUUACCCCCCAGUGCAUUGCACUGGAUCACCUCGCAGAGGAGUUGGUUGCGCAUGCGAAGCCGUCGACAGUGGACGAAAUAAUCUGCGCUGUACGUACACUGCUGCAGCAGUGCUUGGAAGUGCCACAAGGCAGCAAUUUGCUGCCAGCAGUAGCAGCACAGUUCUUGAGAGUUAACAUUGUGUCUCGUUUCAAGAAUAGGUACGGGACGGACUCUCCAGCUGCUGCUGGCAGCAGCAGCAGCAGCAAGGCCCGCCAGAGCAGCAGCAGCAGCAGCAGCAGCGGGAGGAGCGGGUGCUGCUGCGGGGGCGCGGCGGCGGAGUCGACGCGGCGAACCAUGCGGAGCCUGUGGCCGCUGUUCAAGCAGGACUUUGAGUUUGCUGCUGCUGCGGACACAAGCAGCAGCAGCAGCAGCAGCAGCAGCAGCAGCAGCAGCAGCGGGGUGAGCCUGUGCGAGGUGAUUGCGAAGCUGAAGAGGUGGAAAGACCUGCUCAGCAGCAAAACGCAAUGCGGGGAGCAGCAGCAACCUCCCUUCGAAGAUGUUGGAGCUUCUCUUUGUGAUGUGUUUACGCGCGUGAGUGUGGAAAUAGAAGUGCCGGGGCUGCGUUUGCUGCAGCUGGGGGACGGGUUUCUGCAGCUGCAGCAGCAGCAGCAGCAGCAGCAGCAGCAGCGCGGCGCGGUGUACAUACAGCAGUUCGGCUCCGCGUACACCACCGUCACCCGCUCCCACUACACUCUCAAGAGGAUUCAAAUCGUCGGCAGCAACGGCAGCAGUUAUUACUUUUUGGUGCAGCCUUACAGCACAGCUCACCAGCGCACGGAGCAGCGGCUGCUGUGUCUGCUGCUGCAGCUCAACUUGCUGCUGCAGCGCCACAACCCCUCGCGCCGCCGCGGGCUGGCCUUCCCCCUUGCUGCUCAGGUGUCUAUACACCCCAGGUGCCGCCUCCUCGAGGACGCCCCCUCUUACGUCUCGCUGCAGCAGAUCAUCAACGAGCGAUCCCGCGCCGAUCCCGAUCCCAGCAAGUCCGAUCCCGACAUUCCCGUGCUGCUGCACCGCUCCCUCAUCCUGCAGCAGCUCAGCAGCACCAUGCUGCAGCAGGCCCUCGCGCUGCUGCAGCAGCACAGAAACACGCCCCACCAAACGCCCCCGCACGCCCACGCAGACGGCCCCCAGCAGCAGCAGCAGCAGCAGCAGCAGCAGCAGCAGCAGCAGCAGCAAGGCGCGCCCCCCGGAACGAACCCCAGCGGCAGCAGCAGCAGCGCCGGACUCCGCCAGCUGCCGCAGCAGCUGCUGCAGCUGCUCUGCUCUCCCGGAUUCUGCAAAGACGAAGCGCAGCAGCAAAUGCUUAACCGCAUUCUCGAGCUGCAGCCUCUCGAGCCUCCUGCUGCUCCUGCUGCUGCUGCUGCGGACAGUUCCGCUGCUGCUGAUCCUGCGGCGUCUGCCGCCCGAGCAGACCCCUCUGCUGCCGGUGCAGCAAACAGUGCAGCAGCAGCAGCAGCAGCAGCAGCGGGUCAGAUCCCCGGAGCAGCAGCACCUGCGGGAGCAGUUCCCAGCAGCCCGUCUGAGCCCCUCCCCAGCAGCAGCAGCAGCAGCAGCAGCAGCGACGCAGUGGCGGGUUCCUCAGCAGCAGCGGCGGCGCCCCUCCUGCCCACGGCUGCCCGCCCGCCCGCGCAGCCGCAGCAGCAGCAGCAGCAGCAGCAGCAGCAGGAGGCGGAGCAGCGGUGGCUGCUGGAGUUUCAGCGGAGCUGCCAGCUGCAGGCGGCGCAGGAGGUGUACGGACAGCUGUGUGGGGUGGUGCCGGAGAGCGUGCUUCGGGUGUACGUACACCGGAGCGUGUGGGGCGCGGAAGAACUGUUUGUUUUCAAAAGACAAUUCACGCAAAGCCACGCAGUUUAUUGCAUUUUGAAUUAUUUGUUUUGCAUGUCAGACAUAAGUCCAAACAAAGUGCUGCUGGACUUGCAAACUGGCCAGGCGCUGCAGGCCGAACUCAAGGCCUGCUACUGUGCUGCUUCCUUGCUGCUGGCUUUCGGGGAUCGGAUCCCAUUUCGACUGACACGAAACAUCGAGUUAUUAAUUGACGUUUUCGGGAGGUCGGGGCUGCUCCCCGGGUGUAUGUACACCCUGGUUUGCUGCCUCCAGAGCUACAGCAGCCACUUCUCCAACGCUGCUGCGCUGCUCAUCCGCGACGACGUCGCCUUCUUCUACAGGCAGAAGCAGCAGCAGCAGCAGCAGCUGCUCCUCCAGCAGCAGCAGCAGCAGCAGCAGCAGCAGCAGCAGCAGCAGCAGCAGGGGCAGGGGCAAGGGCACCACGAGGGCGCGCAGCAGCCGCAGCCGCCCGCCGCAGGCUUCCAGUCCGCCAGCGCCGCCGCUGCUGCUGCUGCUGGAGCCAGCAGCAGCAGCAGCAGCAGCAGCAGCAGCAGCAGCAACGCGGAGGAAACCGCCACAGUGCGCCGUGUUGUCGAUAUCAACAUCAGCCGCAUCUCAGAGGCCCUCAAGAGGCUUCAGGGGACUCCUAAACCCCCCGCUGAACCAAAGGCGGACCAACUCCCCAUAGACUCCCAAGUCACAAUGCUGCUCCGCAUCGCCACCCGCAAGGACUUCCUCGCCACUGCCAAACCCACCUGGCAAGCCUGGUACUGA